AUGGAACUGGCGUUAGCAACAUUGAUUAUAAUUGGGUUUUUGUGCUCAUCAUCAAAGGCUCAUACAUUCAAUGUUGGUGGCGAAGAUGGUUGGACCCUUCAUCCCUCCGACAAUUACACCCUUUGGGCCGAAAAAUAUCGUUUUGAGAUCAACGAUCAACUUGUUUUCAAGUACAAGCAAGGGCACGACACGGUCCUUGUCGUGAACCGCAACGACUACACCAAAUGCAACAAAGAAAACCCGAUAAGAAGCUUCAAGGGCGGCCACUCGGUAUUCAAGUUCAAAAAAUCGGGUCCGUUCUACUUCAUAAGUGGGCAUGACCAAAAUUGCGAGAAAGGGCAAAAGUUUGAAGUCAUAGUACUUUCCAAGAAUCAUCAUUUUCCGACCCCUUCGCCGGAAGCGGGACCCACGGCCCAUGCUCCGACAGUCGAGCCGCCGUCUCAUUCCCCAUCACCAUCUCCGACAGCUGGCAAAACAUCAUCUCCGGCAAGCGAGCCACCAUCUCGUUCUCCGUCACCGUCUCCGGCUGCCGGAAAAAACCCCACAAGAAUCUCGCCAGUCGAGCCACCAUCUCGUUCCCGGUCAACACCACCGGUGGCUAAAGCUCCGGCAAAAGAGCCGCUGUCUCAUUCACCGUCACCAUCUCCAUCCCUGGCUGCCGGUAAAAUUCCGACACGAAUCUCGCCAGUCGAGCCACCAACUCAUUCUCCGUCACAAGCAGAAUCUCCCAAGAAGAGUUAUGGUGCACCUGAGCCGGACACAGAGCAUCACCACCGAGCACUGCCGCCACGUGGCCACCAUGGUCUGCACUUUGGGCUGCGUCCUAUCUUUCUUUUUGGGUAUUAA